AUGUCACCCCGCUGCCGCUUGCCGCCACGUGGGAGCCAGCCGCCCCGCGCCUCCUGCCGGCCUGCGAGCCCAGGGCAGGCCCGGCCGGGCCCGCGCGCUCUGCCGCUCCGACCGCCGGCAACCCCGGCGCCCGGCGCCUGCCGCCGCUUGUCCUCGGCUCGCCACGCCGCCUUCGCGCCUCCGCCGCCGGACAUUGACGACCCCGCGCUCCAGGAGCCCCGCCGCCUCCCGGUGCGCCGCCUCUCCGCCGCGGCGCUGCGCCGCCUCGCCGCCGACCCACCGUGCCCAGCCCGCCCGGAGUUCCUCCGCCGGAGCCGCGCCGGAGCCGCACCUCGGGCCGCGCCGCCGGCCGCCGUUCAUCGCCCCUGCCGGCCUCCUCGCCAGAUCUGGCGGCCCCAAGGCCGGAUCCGGUCCCUCCAGCCACCUCCCGGUGUUUUUCCUCAACGCCGGCCACCUUCCCUCCACUCCGGCGAGCUCUCCGGCGAGGUCCGCCGCCACCUCGCGCGCGUUGACUUUUCCCUCGAGGAAAGCCUAGCGAAUGUUCAGGCGUUGUUGCAUCAGUAUCCAAUGAGUAGACGGGACAUGUUGACCACUGUUGAUCACCUCAAGCGCCUCUGCAUCGAUCAUUAUUUCCAAGACGAGAUCGACAGUGUCAUGGAUGCAUGUGUGGAUCUCGUUCAUAGUGAUGAUUUACUUGAUGCAACCCUUUCACUGAGGCUGAUGAGAGAAGCUGGAUAUUAUGUUUCGGCAGACGAUGUUCUUCGGAAGUUCACAAAUGAUAAUGGUGAUUUCAACCAUGGGCUCACCAAAGACAUUAGAGGGAUGCUGAGCUUGCAAGACAUGUCAUACCUCAACAUGGGAGAACCAUCACUGUACAAGGCAAAUGAAUUCUCGGGCAAGCACCUUAGACUUGCAAUUAAGUAUUUGGAGCCAAGCCUUGCAAGAUAUGUGAGGCGGUCACUAGACCAUCCCUAUCAUGUGAGCCUGAUGCAGUACAAGGCAAGGCACCAUCUGAGUUACCUCCAGAGCUUGCCCACUAGGAACACAUCAAUUGAGAAUCUGGCACUUGCAGAGUUUCAGAUUAAGAAGUUGCAGCAUCAGAGGGAAAUUCAAGAGGUUAAGAGAUGGUGGAAGGAUUUGGGAUUGGCUAAAGAAAUACCGUUUGCAAGGGACCAAGUACUUAAAUGGUUCAUGUGGCCCAUGACUGUCCUUGAGGGUUUGUCCUUCUCUAGAUAUCGGAUUGAGAUCACAAAGAUCGUCUCCAUGGUCUACAUUGUGGAUGACAUCUUUGAUCUUGUCGCCACACAAAAUGAGCUCUCUCUUUUCAAUGAGGCAAUCAAAAUGUGGGAUCCUGCUGCUGUUGAUUCACUCCCGAGCUACAUGAUAUCAUGUUACAGGGCUCUUUACACUGUCACAAAUGAUAUAGCCGCUAUGGUUAGAAAAGAGCAUGGACUGAACCCUAUCACUCAUCUCAAGCAAGCUUGGGCCGCUUUGUUUGAUGGAUUCAUGAUUGAGGGAAAAUGGCUAUAUACUAAUCAGGCCCCCACAUCAGAGGACUACCUAAGAAACGGUAUCGUCACUUCAGGAGCACCACUAGUACUCCUGCAUCUUUUCUUCUUGCUAGGGCAUGAUUUAACAGAGGGCAACAACGACCACAUGCUUCGGAUCAUCUCCUGCACUGCAAAGAUCAUGAGGCUUUGGGAUGACAUGGGCAGUGCAAAGGAUGAAUCACAAGAAGGGCUCGACGGAUCUUACAAGGAGUUGUACCACAGAGAAAAUCCUCAUGGUGAUGCGGAGAAGCACAUGCUGGAGAUGAUCGCGAGUGAAUGGCAGGAUCUGAAUAGGGAAUGCUUCUCUGGGACAAAGUCAACACUAUCGCAUACCUUCAUCGGGGCAUCACUCAACUUUGCAAGGAUGGUCCGCGUCAUGUAUGGCUAUGACGACGAACAGAGGCUCCCCAUCCUUGAGGAUUACACCAGGAUGUUGCUCUUCUGAAUCAUGCAUGCUAGCACAUACAAAUAGGUUGAUAGUUGGUACAACCUUAUGCAUUGCAAUGGGGUUUUGUGGCCGUGACAUAUAAAUAACAAAUUUAGAAGGUAACAUCUAGUCAAACAUGAAAAUGAACAGCCUAACUGUGGAACUAGGCUACUAACCCCACAUGAACAUGCAAAAGUUCUACAAAAGAUAGUUGCAUCACGCUACUGGAUGUAUGA